GAGCGAACAUCGAGUAAAUUAAAAAAAAAUGUCGACGGCGUUUGCAAAUUUCUAAUAAGAGGGACUUUUCUCCCUCCUUUUUCCCCUCGUAUUCUUUCAUUAUCCCCACGUGAGCUCAUGAUCUUGCUAGUGUGCGGGCCGCCAAAAGCGUCACAGUGAACAUGAGCGCGAACUCGGAGAUCGGCGAUCAUCUCGACGAGAUCUACGACUGGAUCGAUCAAAUCAAAUUUUCCAGGCCCAAAAGAAACAUAGCCAGAGACUUUUCCGAUGGAGUGUUGAUGGCGGAGCUGUUGAAACGCUAUUAUCCUAAGCACGUGGACGUGCACAAUUACGUCGCCGGCAACAGCGUCGCGAAGAAGAUCGACAAUUGGAGCACGCUGAAUCGCAAGGUGCUGUCGAAGAUCAACAUUAGGCUGGGGAAGGAGGCGAUCAAUCAGCUGGCGAGUUCCCAGCCGGGCGUCAUAGAGAAGAUCCUCGCCGAUCUACGGGUCAAGAUUCUGAGAGAUUCCAACGCCGACAGAGACACCUUGUACUUCGGCCACGAGGAGAGUAAAGAGGCCGUAAAGUCCGUGCUAAAUCCCGACGAGGUGGCGAACAAGACCGUGCCACGGCACAUGUUCACUCGGCUGAAGCAGGAGCUGCAGGAGAAGAACGACACGAUCUCCACGUUGCAGCAGAAGAUCUCGCAUCUGGAAAGCAUAUUGAAGCUGAAGGACCAACGGAUCGACGACCUCACGGUGCAGAUCAUGCGGCUGCCCGUCGAGCGAAACGUCACCACUCCUCACGUUAUCAGCAGCGAAAUCUCAAAACCACGCUUUUCCACCAAGCUAUUAUGAUACAGAACUUUGUCGAGAGAUGCGUCGCGCGCUCUCCGAUUGUAGUUUUCGUAUAACGCCGCGUAGCUUGGUUUUUUUUCACAUAUACCAUGUAUAAAAUACAUCUUUUAUUAUCAGCUA